GUCGGUCAGCGGCGCCAUGGACGCCCCCGGGGGCAGCGCCGGUGCCUCCAAGUGGGACGUGAGGCAGAAGGUGUGGGACUACCUGGAGGCCAGCGGCCUGGCUGAAUUCCCGCGGCCGGUGCACGGCCGCAUCCCCAACUUCAAGGGCUCUCACCAGGCUUGCUGCUCUAUUAAGGAGCUGGAUGUGUUCAGCAGAGCACGUGAGAUUAAAGUGGAUCCCGACAAACCUCUAGAAGGCGUUCGGCUCGCUGCGCUGCAGGCAAGGAAGACUUUGUUGGUUCCCACACCUCGUCUGCGAACUGGGCUGUUCAAUAAGAUCAUCCCACCUCCAGGUGCAGCUAAGGAGAUCCUGCGAAUAUGUGCCACUUCUCAGGGUAUAAAAGAAUACAGUGUGCCUGUAGGUCUUGAUGGGAAGGCACGAGUGGACUUGGUGAUUGUAGGAUCAGUGGCUGUCUCUGAAAAAGGCUGGAGAAUUGGAAAAGGGGAAGGAUAUGCAGACAUGGAAUAUGCAAUGAUGGUAUCAAUGGGUGCAGUGCAGGAAGAUACACCUGUAAUUACUAUUGUGCAUGACUGUCAGGUGGUUGACAUAGCAGAAGAGCUUCUUGAUGAUCAUGAUUUAACUGUGGAUUAUAUACUCACUCCAACAAGAAUCAUCAAGACUGACUGCAAACGGCCGAAACCUCGGGGAAUAAUGUGGCAUAAGGCAAGUUACCUCUGCUAA